AUGGAAGAAUCUCAGACCAAUGACUCUUUUCAACUUGAACUUGAAGAUUUCAUUAGAAAGCAGAGGGCCCGAGGAGUACAUCCAAAUGUCUGCUUCAGAGAGAUGCCAGAGGAUUCUGUUCACCAAAAGAGAGGCAGCGUCAGCCAUGGAGCUCCACUGCUGGGGUCACCAUCCUGGUUCGAAGACGACUCCACAUCCUCUCCUUCCUAUAAAAGGCUGGCAGUGGAAAACCAGGCACCUUACAGCAGACAAAGACCGGAAUCUCAAAAACAUUGUCUGGAAAACCAGCCCAUCAGUCAAGACAGAAAGGGGAGGACGAGGAGCCAGGAGGAAGGAGGAGCCUCCAUUCAGGAGCCAGGGAUGCCAAAGGGGAAACGCUACGGAGUGAGGGGUUCAGACGGAGAAAACAGCCUCAGCAAACGGAAGGUCUCAGCAGAGCCAGGGGGUACACAGCUGUCGAAGCACAGAAAGAACCACCAUGACGGGAGAGACUCCACCAAAGGCGGACGCCGGUCCCGCCGAAAGAAGAAGGAACCUGAGGAGAGCGAUUUGUGGGAUGAAGCCAUCUUGGGCAGUCGCUACUGAUGUUUGCGCAUUUUGGGUCCCAAAAGUCAAUGUGUUGAUUCUCUUGGUAAGGAUGGAUUAAAUGACCUCAAAGCAAUUAGACGCCAGGCCAGCUGCUGUGGUCGGGUGGCCCAUCUACUCUACUGGUGUAGGAACUGUGAGUCUGCACAGGGAUGCUCUUCUGGGACUGGCAGUGACAGAGCCUUUAGUGUGCAAGGCCUUUGCUGACAGACACAGGGACUUUCAGUCACAAGCCUGAGUGCCAGGAGCUUUAGAAGCUGGCCAGUCCAGACCUAGGUGCUGAGGCUGGAGACU